AUGCAGGCGCGGGGGCUGCUCCUGGCCGCCCUGGUCGCGCUGGCGCUGGCCCGGGAGCCCCUGGCCACGUCGUGCCCCGCGCGCUGCGACGUGUCGCGGUGCCCGAGUCCCCGCUGUCCUGGCGGCUACGUGCCCGACCUCUGCAACUGCUGCCUGGUGUGCGCCGCCGUCGAGGGCGAGCCGUGCGGCCGCGCCGUAGACUCGCCGUGCGGGGAGAGCCUGGAGUGUGUGCGCGGCGUGUGUCGGUGUCGCUGGGCGCACGCCGUGUGCGGCACCGACGGGCACACCUACGCCAACGUGUGCGCGCUGCAGGCGGCCAGCCGCCGCGCGCUGCAGCUCUCCGGGACGCCCGUGCGUCAGCUGCAGAAAGGCGCCUGCCCAUCGGGUCUCCACCAGCUGACCAGCCCACGGUACAAAUUCAACUUCAUCGCUGAUGUGGUGGAGAAGAUCGCGCCGGCCGUGGUCCACAUAGAACUCUUCCUGAGACACCCUCUGUUUGGCCGCAACGUGCCCCUGUCCAGUGGCUCAGGCUUCAUCAUGUCGGAGGCUGGCUUGAUCGUCACCAACGCCCACGUGGUGUCCAGCACCAACACCGUCUCGGGCCGGCAGCAGCUCAAGGUGCAGCUGCAGAAUGGUGACACCUACGAGGCCACCAUCAAAGACAUCGACAAGAAGUCGGACAUCGCCACCAUCAAGAUCCACCCCAAGAAAAAGCUCCCGGCGCUGUCUCUGGGCCACUCGGCAGACCUGCGGCCCGGCGAGUUUGUGGUGGCCAUCGGUAGCCCCUUCGCCCUGCAGAAUACUGUGACCACAGGCAUCGUCAGCACAGCCCAGCGGGACGGCCGGGAGCUGGGCCUCCGGGACUCGGACAUGGACUACAUCCAGACGGACGCCAUCAUCAACUACGGGAACUCCGGGGGACCGCUGGUGAACCUGGACGGUGAGGUCAUUGGCAUCAACACGCUCAAGGUUGCGGCCGGCAUCUCCUUUGCCAUCCCCUCAGACCGCAUCACACGCUUCCUCACGGAGUUCCAGGACAAGCACGGCAAAGACUGGAAGAAGCGCUUCAUUGGCAUACGGAUGCGGACCAUCACACCAAGUUUGGUGGAGGAACUAAAGGCCAGCAACCCAGACUUCCCGGCGGUCAGCAGUGGAAUUUACGUGCAAGAGGUUGUCCCAAAUUCACCUUCUCAGAGAGGGGGCAUCCAAGAUGGCGACAUCAUCGUCAAGGUCAACGGGCGCCCUCUGGCCGACUCGAGCGAGCUGCAGGAAGCCGUCCUGACCGAGUCCCCCCUGCUGCUGCAGGUGCGGCGGGGGAACGAUGACCUGCUCUUCAGCAUUGUGCCUGAGGUGGUCCUGUGA